AUGUCGCUGCCACUCCGAGUAAGGCCCUUGGGCCUCGCGUGGAAGUCAUUUCCUCGCUCUUCCCCCACCACAAUUGGCCGCCAGUGCCGAGUACCCAGUUCACGAUCCUACGCGACCUCCGACCGGCUUCCGAAGAUUGCAGACACCUCAGUAUGGACAGCGAUGAUCCCUCGAUUUAUUCGACAAGGCAAGUCGCGCAAGCCAGGCGAGAAGAAAGAAUGGAACCCAGCUACUUUCUACAUUGUCAUGUUCACCCUCAUCGGGUCACAAGCCAUUCGCAUGCUCACAUUGAAGAAUGGCUAUGCAUCGUACAGCCGGUCUGCGGAUGCGAAGAUCGAGCUCUUGAAGGAGGUGAUUGAACGGGUCAAGAAGGGUGAAAAGGUGGAUGUGGAGAAGUUGCUCGGAACUGGCGAUGAGGCACAGGAGAAAGAGUGGGAAGAGGUCCUGAAACAGAUUGAGCAAGAAGAUGCUUUAUGGAAUAAGCAAAAACAGGCUGAACAGGAGCAGAAACAACCGACGCCAAAACUCGAGGAGAAGGAAACAGUCGCCUCGACUGCAACUAGUACUGAUGACGAGGCGGCGAAGAAGGCACAGAAGACCCGCAAAAUGAACUUCUUCUAA